AUGCCUAAAUCAACAGCAGCGGACAAGAGGGCACCAUCGCUGAGGCGACUUAAAACUCAACUGAAGGACGCUCAAUCAUCCCUAAUGGACAUCCAGCGGUUCAUUGAUGGUUUCGAGGAGCAUGCUACGACCAGUGAUGUUGAAGUUCGUUUAGAUAUGCUUGAUGGGUUGUUUGAAACGUUUAGUGAAACUCUUAUCGACAUCAAAUCCCACGACGAUUUUACUGAGGAAGAAGGUACAUACGAAAAGGAGAGAGUAGAAUUUAGCGACCGUUACUAUGCCGCUAAAUCGUUUCUAAUGGAGCAGCUCAAGGAACGCCAGGACUUACUGAAUCAAUCUGUUCGUCCGGAGAACAUGACGGUGCAAGGCGAGCUCGUCGAUCAUGUGCGUUUGCCACAGAUUAAACUGCAGACGUUUGCAGGGGAUGUGGACGAGUGGUUGAGUUUUCGUGAUUUGUUCACGUCACUCAUACACUGGCGAAAGGACCUCCCGGAAGUAGAAAAACUACACUAUUUGAAAGGCUGUUUACAAGGUGAACCCAAAAGCCUCAUCGACCCUCUGCAAAUUACGAAGGGGAACUAUCAAGUAGCUUGGGACUUACUUCUACGAAGAUACAACAAUAGUAAGCAGUUGAAAAAGCGCCAGGUACAAUCGCUGUUCAGGCUGCCAAAUUUGACGAAGGAAUCUGCUGUCGAGCUUCAUGCUCUUGUCGAGGGCUUCGAGAGAAUCGUGCAGACCUUGGACCAAAUAGUACAACCGGCCGACUACAAGGAUUUACUUCUGGUGAACAUUUUGUCUGGGCGACUCGAUCCAGUAACCCGUCGAGGCUGGGAAGAGUUUUCAGCCGGCAAGGAACAAGAUACCCUAAAAGACAUGCUAGAGUUUCUUCAGCGACGCACACACGUACUUGAGUCUCUACCAACGCGUUCAGUUGAUACUAGGAGUACCAAUCAGCAGCAGCAGAAACCAAGGCCCAUGGUGCUGAAGACCAGUUACAGCACAGUUCAAGCAACAGAUGGACGUUGUGCAGCCUGUUCUGGAAUUCACCAGCUACAUUUGUGCGCAGUAUUUCAAGGGAUGACUGUAUCGGACAGAGAGUCUUUGCUACGUGCAAACUCGUUGUGUCGCAAUUGUUUAAAACAUGGACACGUGGCAAAGGAGUGUCAAUCGAAAUUUUCUUGUAAGCAUUGCAGAAAAAGGCAUCAUACACUAUUAUGCUUCAAGUCAGGGAAGGAUCACGCGAAGGUUGCGGGGUCUAAACGGGACAAUGUUCCCAGGAAAGAAAGUCAAGACACAGUAGGUUCAGUAUCGUCUCAGAUCAAGGAUGCAUCUGAAACAGUGGUCGCUAGUGCGGUUCAGCAAUUCUCAACCCAGGUACUGUUGGCAACUGCUGUCGUCGUUGUAGAGGACAACAACGGGAAUCGACUUCCAGCACGGGCGCUUUUGGACUCAGGUUCGGAGAGCAAUUUUAUUUCAGAAAGGUUGAGUCAGCGAUUACGGGUAACGAGAAAUAAGGUGGAUAUUUCGGUGUCUGGAAUCGCUCAAGCAGCAUCACGAGUAAAGCAGCAGAUUCAAGCUACAGUUUGUUCGCGGGUCUCAAGCUUUUCACGGAGAAUGCGUUUUUUGGUACUCCCAAAGGUUACGGUCAACCUACCAACGUCGGCAAUAAACACUACUGGUUGGACCAUUCCAGAUGGUGUAAUUUUGGCUGAUCCGACGUUUUCCAUAUCCAAGGACGUGGACUUAGUACUUGGCAUUGAACAUUUCUUCGAUUUCUUCGAAAGUGGACAAAGGCUUUCAUUGGGUCAUCAUCUCCCAGCCCUGAACGAAUCUGUUUUCGGCUGGGUGGUUUGCGGUGGAUGCACAGAUUUGAAGGAAUCUCCACGGAUAAAUUGCAACGUGUUGGCGGUAGAAGGUUUGGAUGCUCUGGUAGCUCGAUUUUGGUCCUGUGAGGAGGUUGAUUUACCAGUUAGCUACUACUCGCCAGAGGAAGCACGAUGUGAAGCUUUGUAUGCACAGACGGUUCAACGCGAUGCCGAAGGAAGGUACUCUGUUGCACUGCCAAAGAAAGAAGGCGCACUAUCUUUACUAGGUGAGUCACGGGACAUCGCAGUUAGACGUCUUCUUGGCACUGAACGUAGAUUGGCAAGGGAUACCCAUCUUCGAUCACAAUAUACAGCGUUCAUGGAGGAAUAUGAACGGUUGGGACACAUGCGUAAGAUCAAUGAUCUAGGUUUUGUCAAACGUUGCUAUCUGCCACAUCACCCAGUGAUCAAAGAGGAAAGCAAAACCACCAAGGUACGCGUGGUAUUUGACGCGAGUUGCAAAACUUCAACAGGCAUUUCGCUGAACGACGUUCUGCUGUGUGGACCAGUUAUACAGCAGGAUUUGCGGUCGCUGAUAUUCCGAUGCCGAGUGAAGCAGAUCAUGUUGGUGGCGGACGUUGAAAAGAUGUUCCGUCAGAUAGAUAUCUGCACGGAUGACAGAGCUCUACAGUGUAUUCUUUGGCGUCCAACCCCAACUGCACAAAUUUCAACGUUCGAGCUGAAUACGGUAACAUAUGGAACAAAACCAGCUCCAUUUCUAGCUACACGGACGUUAAAACAGCUGGCAAUAGAUGAGAGAGAUCGGUUUCCACUCGCAGCAAAGGUUGUUUGCGAAGACGUCUAUAUGGACGAUGUAAUUACGAGUACAGACAGCUUAGACUCAGCGAUUAAAAUGCGAACUGAGCUCGAUAGCAUAAUGUCUAGUGGUGGAUUUCGACUUAGGAAAUGGGCUUGCAACAGUGCAGAGGUCUUGCACGGUGUUGAGGAGGAAAGUUUGGCCAUUCCAAACGUUGAUGGAAUCAACCUAGAUCGGAACUCGUCAGUAACAACUCUCGGGUUGAUCUGGCUGCCAACGACGGAUGAAUUCAUGCUGAAGUUAAAUAUCUCUCAGAUGGAUUCAGAGCACAUAAUAACUAAGCGGAAUGUACUGUCAAAAAUUGCAUCCAUUUUUGACCCUCACGGAUGGUUUGGUGCAACAAUCACAACAGCAAAGGUGCUCAUGCAACAAUUGUGGACGUUGUCAGAUACCAACGGAAAACGAUUGGAUUGGGAUCAGCCUUUACCGUCAAAGGCGGACGACUUGGCCAUUCAAAUGAAUCAGAAGAUGCUAAGCAUCCAGCUGUCUUACCGGCUCGCCAUCAUUUUACACGGCUGGUUUUGCAUUACUACCACCUACGUUUAUUGCACGCUGGACCGCAACUGCUAUUGA